GCUACAAAACUGAUUGAUCCCGUCUGUCAGGGGUGUGUGUUUACUUCACAAGAUGUCCUUAAGGUCAUCCCCAUCUCUCUCCAACCCAAGCAUUUACUUGGCAAACCCUAACCCUAAACCAAGCAACCCUCUUAUCCCCACCCACGACCCCCAACUCACCCGUCUCCGCAUUCCCAGACUCUCCUUGAGGGUCUCAAUCAUCUCCGACGGCCGGAAUUCGUGUUCACUCUCCUCCGAGGCACAGCCGCACACCCUUAAACUUACUCCAUACUUGGUUUACCAUCUUGUCACCCCCACAGUGUUUUUCUUCAGCCUCGGCAUUUGUGCCUUCUCGGCCGCUGCCACCACACAGAUUUCUCCGGUCAAUGUUGUGAAUUGUGAGACAGUGAUUGAAGAGAAGAGUGCUCCAGAAAAUGUUGAUGUGGGAAAAUCUGAAAAUGUGGAGAGCAUUGAAGAUAAAGAAAUGAUAGCAGAAUUCGAGAAGUGGAAGUCUAAAACAUAUGCUUUAACUGUUCCCCUGAGAAUCGUUGCACUGCGAGGCUCAGUACCUCCUCUGUGGGUUAAGGAUUUUACUCGAUCUCAAGGAAGGAGAGCAAGGUUACGUCCAGAGUUUCGUGGAAGUCUUGAGGACAUCUUUUCUGAACUCUGUAAGAAAGGGAAUAUUAACUGGAGAUCUGCUCUGGCAGCUGAUAUCAUUACUCUUGGUGAUUCCUGGCUCAAUUUUGCCAUUAGCAAGUCUCUAAUUGAGCCCAUACCAGGGGUAGAAAACCAAGAUUGGUUUAGAGACUUGAGUGACAAGUGGAAGGUAAGGAAUAAGGAUGUAAGUGUCUAUUUCUUGAUAUUUGCUUAA